CGUUGAUCGGUACAGUUGAUAUUUUCAUCUCCGUGUCGAGUUACGAUGGCGAACGCGAAUACUGUGGUGCGUGUGAAACAAGGAGAGCUACGUGGCGUAGUCGAGGAAAAUGCCUAUGGAAAUAAAUUUCUCGCGUUUCGUGGAGUACCAUACGCGAAACCACCGCUUGGUCCACUCAGAUUCAAGGAUCCAGUGCCAGCCGAACCAUGGACGGGAGUGAGAGACGCAUCGAAAUUCGGCGACGAGUGCGUCCAAAUCGAUAUACUUACUCGUCAAUUAAUAGGAACCGAGGACUCUCUGUACUUAAACGUGUACAGACCGAUUAACGAAUCACCGAAACGCGCGGUCAUGGUGUGGAUCCACGGCGGCGCUUUCAUGAACGGAUCUGGCAACGACAGGUUUUACGGUCCCGAUUAUCUCGUUCGAAAGGACGUUGUCCUCGUCACGAUUAAUUACAGGGUCGGUAUACUGGGUUUCCUGAAUUUGGAGGACGAAAUUGCGCCCGGUAAUCAGGGUCUGAAGGAUCAAGUAAUGGCUCUGAAAUGGAUUAAAGAGAAUAUAUCAAGCUUCGGCGGAGAUCCGAACAACGUAACCAUAUUCGGAGAGAGCGCCGGUGGAGCCUCCAUACAUUAUUUAACCAUAUCUCCAUUAUCGCAAGGGCUAUUUCACAAAGCAAUAGCGCAGAGCGGCGUGGCAGUGAACCCUUGGGCCUACAUAAAGAAAGAUCCGAGGAAAUACGCGUUCCAGGUGGCUGCGCAACUAGGCGAACAUUCCACUGAUCCCGCGACCGUGCUCGAGUUCUUCAGGAAGGUGGAGCCUGCGGAACUCAUCAAUGCCGAGCACAAACUUCUAACGCCCGAGAUCUGUUUCACCACGUUCGGAUUGUUCGGACCAGGUGUCGACAAAAAAUCCCCGAAUCCGUUCUUACCAGAACUUCCAAGUGAACAGAUGCAACAAGGAGUCAAAGUACCGUUCAUGAUUGGCUACGCCGAAAACGAAGGCGGCUCGCUCAUUAGCCUGAUGAUCACCCCUAACGCGACCAAGGAGACCUACGAAAAAAUAGACAAGAACUUUGAGUCGAUCCUUCAUCCAGAAAUGCUAGAGACCAUGAAAAAGGAGGGAGUCACAGCAAGCGACAUAAAACGUAUUUACUUCGGCAAACAACCGAUUUCGGAAAACACGCAGCAGCAACAUGCAGACUUGAUAAGCGACGCGUUCUUCGUUCGAGGUAUAUUCGACGUCGUGAGAAUUCAACAAGAGAAGAACCUCCGACCCACGUACUUCUAUAAAUUCACCUACGACUCUCCGAUGUCUUUGGCGAAAGCUUUCUUCAAGUCUACACUGAAAGGAGCGACCCACGGGGACGAAUUGUCGUAUCUAUUUUACGCUUAUAUGGCGAAAGAACUGAAUAUACCGCCACCGGCACCCGGAAGCGAGAGAUACAAAGUAAUGGAGUACUUGACUCAAAUGUGGACCGAUUUCGCGAAAACAGGGAACCCGACACCGAAAACCACGGAUCUUAUUACAACAACAUGGAAACCCAUCGAGAAAGGAAACGAAUACGAUUAUCUGAACAUCGGCGACACGCUAAAGAUGGAAACUACCAGCAAGGAUGAUCAGAGAUUCAACUGGAAGAGCAUGAAGAACAAAUUAUAAUCGCAUUUUUAAUCAUCGAACGUUAUAUGUGGGGUAGCAGGCCUAUCUUGUAAUUUUUUUAAAAUUUUUUACUAAUCGUUUUCAAAAAUGAAUUUAAAUAAUGUUUUUA